CUGGCUGCCUUUCGGGUAGAUUCGGUCCUGCGCGAAUAGAAGAUUUUUGUGUGUCAGAUGGCGAGGGAUCUGAUCGGGCCGGCGCUGCCACCUGGCUUCAACGCUCGCGGGAGGGCGGAGGACGAGGAGCGGGACCCGAGCCCGGUUGCAGGACCGGCUUUGCCCCCUAAUUAUAAAAGCAGUAGUUCGGAUUCAUCAGAUAGUGAUGAGGACAGUAGCUCUUUGUAUGAAGAAGGAAAUCAGGAAUCUGAAGAAGAUGAUACUGGUCCAACUGCAAGAAAACAGAGGAGAAAUCAGGAUGACGACGAUGAUGAUGGGUUUUUUGGACCAGCCCUUCCUCCUGGGUUUAAAAAGCAGGAUGAGUCUCCUCCAAGGCCUAUAAUAGGUCCUGCAUUACCACCUGGUUUUAUUAAAUCUACACAGAAAAGCGACAAAGGCAGAGAUGAUCCAGGACAACAAGUAUCAUCAUAUUUCAGUUCCAAGGAAACAGACAGCAGUGAAGAUGAUGAGGACAUAGUUGGACCAAUGCCUGUGACCGGACCGGUUAACUAUAAUGUAACGGCAGAGUUUGAAAAAAGGGCCCAGAGAAUGAAAGAGAAACUGACUAAGGGAGAUGAUGAUUCAUCCAAAGCAAUUACAAGGGAGUCUUGGAUGACUGAGCUUCCUCCUGAAAUGAAAGACUUUGGUCUUGGGCCAAGAGCUUUUAAGAGAAGAGCCGAUGACAAGUCUGGAGAUCGAUCAAUUUGGACAGAUACUCCAGCUGACAGAGAAAGGAAGGCUAAGGAAGCACAAGAACCAAAGAAAUCAUUCCGUAAGAAAGAUGAAGAAUAUAUAUUGUCAGGGAGGGAUAAGAGAUUGGCUGAGCAGGUAUCCUCAUACAAUGACUCAAAAAGAUCAGAAUCUCUUAUGGACAUACAUCAUAAAAAGUUAAAGAAUAAGACUGCUGAAGAUAAAAAUCAGCCCCAAGAGAGAAUACCAUUUGACCGUGAUAAGGACCUCAAGGUUAAUCGGUUUGAUGAUGCUCAGAAAAAAGCUCUAAUAAAGAAAUCUAGAGAAUUAAACACCAAAUUUUCACAUGGCAAAGGCAGUAUGUUUUUAUAAGGGGAUUUCCUUGUGCAAUGAAGAAAAAUUGAAGAAUACUCUUAUCAUCUCUGUCUGACUACUUUUUUAUUCCUUUGCUUGGGGCUUCUUAAGAUUAGAGAUAACUUUUUAUAAACUCUACAAAUUUAUCUGUUCUGUGUACGUCCUUUAAGGUCAUGUGGAUAUAAAAAUUAAUGUUUCUGAUAUAAAAUGGAAUAUUUUAUAUGUCUUUGUCUUCUGAGGAAGCUGGGCUUUUCUUCAAUAAUGACGUUUUGUUGGUUUGUCCCCUCUAAGAUCUGGUCAGAGCCACAGCCCUGGCCUCCCUGUCAGGCACAGCCAACCUGCUCCUGGAGUAAAUAUGUCAGGCACUUAGAGUAAGCCCAAGAAUUUGAAAUUGCUCACUUCGUCCCUCAAAACUGCAGAUGGUAAAUACACAUUUCACUUGCAAAUAGAGAGUAUGGGGCCCAGGGAGGGGUGUCAUUUUGUUUUGUCUGUUUUGACACUCAGGCGGCUUUUUGUUGGUUUUUUUUUUUUUCUGUUGUUUUAAGUCAGAAUGAGGGAGUUCUGUUACCUCAUGUACUAUGGGAAAAUAUUUAAUUUUUCUAAUUUCAGUAGGUAUUUCUGGGGAAGACAGUCUGUGUGCCAUUCUCCGUCCACAGUAUGGAGUCUGAAAGACUCUGAUCUCUGUGCCACUGCUCACGAGCGGUGAGGUCUCUAGUACUGGGUCUUAAUGAUCCCAGCCAAAGCUCUUAGAGUCUUUGAACUUCUCUGGGGGAGAUCUUACUGUACCCAUUUAAUUUCACAAUUUUUAGCUAAUUUAUUGGUGACAGAUCUUUUCUAUCAACCAUGAAUAGCCUUUAAAAAAAAAAAAAAGUCCAACUAAUAAUCCCUUGAAUACAAAAAUGUAAAUGGGAAAUCUAA